CCUUCGGUGGUUUUCCCUGCACAUGCGGAUCAGGAUGAGAUCAGUUCUUGCUGAAGAAACUCUUGGAUGCCCAGAUCUUGGUUUGUCUUCCAAGCUGUUGGUUCGUCUGUAUUUCUGCAGAGUGUAUCCAAUUGCUGAAGGACUGCAUCUGCACUUCCUGCCUGUCUGGUGGCAACUGCAUCAGAUAUGCUACACCAAAUUCUCUCAUGGUUGCUGAUGUUGGCAUUAGUGGAACACACAUAUUCUGCAGCUGCUUCUUUUCAAAUUGAAAACUUGGAGCUCAAUCACACGGACACUGUGAGGAAUGUUAAUGCAACCAGGACAAGCUUUGCACAACUGGAGAAGCUGAGAAACAGGUCCACUUAUGUUGCAAGGAGCUGUAAAGACAUCAGAGACAGAUAUGAUGAACAAGAAGAUGGGUUGUACUACCUGACCACAGCCGAUGGCAUGGUCUAUCAGACUUUCUGUGACAUGACCACUGCUGGAGGAGGCUGGACGCUGGUGGCCAGUGUCCAUGAGAACAACUUUAAUGGACAGUGCACAGCAGGUGAUCGCUGGUCCAGUCAACAGGGCAACGAUGCUAACCUGCCAGAUGGAGAAGGGAACUGGUCCAACAGAAACACAUUUGGAACAGCAGAGGGCGCCACUUCUGAUGAUUAUAAGAAUCCAGGUUACUAUGAUAUAUCAGCACAAGAUAUGUCUGUGUGGCAUGUUCCCAACAACUUUCCACUGAAGCACUGGAGCCUGGCAUCUAUCCUCCGCUACCACACUAACAACCGCUUCCUCAGCCUGUAUGGGGGGAACCUCUUUGAGCUCUUCCAGCAAUAUCCAGUGAGAUACAACAUUGGUUCAUGCAGUGACAGAGGGCCAGUCUUUCCUAUUGUGUAUGACUUUGGAGACAAGGAGUCCACCAAACAGUUGUAUGGACCAAAUGCAAGAGCGGAGUUUGAACCAGGAUUCCUCACAUUUAGAGCAAUAAACCAUGAACGCGCAGCCAUGGCUAUCUGCUCUGGGGUCAAGCCAACUACACGCUGUAACACUGAAACUUAUUGUAUCGGAGGAGGAGGGCAUUUCCCUGGACAUUUGUGUGGGGAUUUUUCAUGUUUUGACUGGGACAGAGUGAUGGGGGACAAUGGCUGGAGCGCCUCCAAAGAGAUGCGUGAAUCUGCUGUCUUACUGUUUUACCGCUAAAAGAACCAUUUGUAUAAUCUGUGUAUUCCAAAAUCCCACAUGUAGCCAGUCAGACUUAAUUGUUUAUCUUUUAAUCACAGUGUUUUAAUAUUUCAGAGAACCUUCUGCUUUGUAAGAACAGAUCGGUAUGAUGGUGAAAUUGUCUCCUGUAAUUAAGCCACACACCAGUAGAUGGUGAUGCUGAACUGUGCAUUCAAAUAAAACAUGAACUGUU